GAGCCUGUGCCAAAGCCUGAUUUGGGGCAGUGGUGUGGUGAGGAGUGACUAGCAGUGCCGGCCGUUUUCCCUCUACCCGAAACACAGAGAAGGUCUUCCAACCAACCUGCAAGAUGUCCUCGAUAGACCCGACAGAGGAGCCGCGCAUGUACCAGCAGACAUUGUUACAGGACGGCCUCUGCGACCUCCUGGAGAACGACAAGUUUGUGGACUGCGUGCUGAAGAUCAAGGGGAAGGAGUUCCCCUGCCACAGGCUGGUGCUGGCCGCCUGCAGCUCCUACUUCAGGGCCUUCUUCCAGUCCGAGAACGACGAGAGCAAGAAGCGCGAGAUCGUGCUGGACGAGGUGGAGCCCGGCGUGAUGGGCAUGAUCCUGCGGUACCUGUACACGUCCAACAUCAACGUGACGGAGCAGAACGUCCAGGACGUGUUCGCCGUGGCCAACAUGCUCCAGAUCCCCUCCAUCUUCACCGUGUGCGUGUCCUUCCUGCAGAAGCGCCUCAGCCUGAGCAACUGCCUGGCCAUCUUCCGGCUGGGCCUGAUGCUGGACUGCCCGCGGCUGGCCGUCUCGGCCCGCAACUACGCCUGCGAGCGCUUCCAGCUCAUCUCGCGCGACGAGGAGUUCUUCCAGCUGUCCACCAGCGAGGUGGCGGCCAUCCUCUCGGCGGACAACCUCAACGUGGAGACGGAGAACGCCGUGUUCGAGUUCCUGCUCAAGUGGGUGGCCAAAGACGAGAAGAACCGCCUGCAGGAGCUGCCGGCCCUGUUGGACUGCGUCCGCUUCCGCCUGAUUCCCGAGGACUACUUCAAGGAGAAGGUGGAGAAUCACAAAUGGCUGUCAGACAAAGAGGAUAUUGCUGAGAAGCUCCAACUGGUUAGGGACGCUUACAAAGGGAAGCUUCCGGAACCUGAGAAGAUCAAAAGCAAGGAGCCACAAGAUGAGGAGGGGGACAAGAAAGAGGGAGAAGUGCAGGAGAUUGCCAUUCUUCCGAGUAUCCUAAACGAUAACCUGCGGUAUGGUAUGUUCCUCAGGAACCUGUUGUUUAUGAUCACCGAGACUGGCUCCGUGGCCUACGACCCCACCGGAAAUGACUGCUUCGUGGCAGCCAUAUCUACACUGGUCCCUAAGAACCACUGUAGUCUGGUCACCAGGGAGAACCAGAUCUUUGUCGCUGGAGGGGUUUUCUUUGACGAACAGAACAAAGAGGAACCACUCCACUCCUACUUUUUACAGUAUGACCCCAUGACCUCAGACUGGUUGGCUAUGCCCCCCAUGCCCGGGCCACGGUUCCUCUUCACCAUGGGCGAGGCUGAGAACUCCAUAUAUGUCAUCGGAGGAAAAGAGCUCAAGGAAGGAGAGCACAUUCUGGACAGUGUUACAGUCUAUGACAGGCAGUCUUUCAAAUGGGGGGAGUCGGAUCCCAUUCCAUAUAAAGUGUAUGGCCAUGCCACGGUGUCCCACAAUGAUGUUGUCUAUGUGCUAGGAGGGAAGGGAGACAACAAGAAAUGCUUAAAGAGGGUGUGUGCCUACGACGCCCGGAAGUUUGAGUGGAAGGAGCUGGCUCCCAUGGCAACUGCACGCUCCCUGUUUGGUGCCACCGUUUACAAGAACAAGAUCUACGUGGCAGCAGGGGUCACUGACUCAGGCCUCACAGACACAGUGGAGGUCUACGACAUUGCCACUAACAAGUGGUCAGACUUUUUGAAGUUCCCUCAGGAGAGAAGCUCGAUCACUCUUGUUGACCACGAGGACAAUCUGUAUGCUGUGGGAGGCUUUGCCAUGGUGCCUAAAGAAAACAGUGAUGAAUUGCUGCCUACUGAGAUGACUGACAUCUGGAGGUAUGACGAGAGCGAGAGGAAGUGGAAAGGCAUCCUGAGAGAGAUCCGCUACGCCUCAGGAGCCACCAUACUGGCUGUGCGUCUCAACACGCUGCGUCUCAGCAAGAUGUGAGCCCUCUAGUGGACAUUAAUAUUGUUGCAGGACCCAGCAGCACAGAACUUCCUAUCUCAGUCUCCCCCCACCACUUCAAUGAACUAUCUUAGGACUCAUUCCUCAUUGAAGACUGAAGGACUGCCAGCCAGCACUCAAGAAUUUAAAGGAAGCAUUCUCAUAUCUUUAUCCUGGUUUCACUCUCGAACUCUACCUGCCUUUGAACUUGGGAGUGGCUUUGAGUUUAUGUUUUCAUUUGGAAUGAAUAAUUUGCUCUUGGUAGAUGAGAUCUUUUGGAUGGUUGUAUUCUUUCCGGUGUCCCUGUGUGACAAUAUCACUCUGAGGCCACAUCUGAAAAAGAGACAAGCCACCAAGGCAGCCUUGUGCUCCACAGCCGGUUGCUUUGGACCAGAUUUGGCCAGAAGAGAGUGACCUCCAAUGUGACCGCAUGGUAACACAUUUGCCCCUGAUUCAUAUGUGUAAGCGUACACUAUAAGUGUUUCUCAGUCCGGGCCUGAUAGAACUUUUGGGCCAAUCCACAGAACCUCAAGGCAACACACACACACACACACACACACACACACACAAUAAAGUUGUUGUUUUUUCACAACCUUCACAGAAGCUUUCUCUGAGUUGAGAGUGUGCUCUGACUGUCCUACAAACGGGCCUAAACUCUUUAGAGCUUGGCGCAUGGCUGGCAGACGUGGGUUUGAGGCGAAGGUGGGGUGACUGCCACAUACUGUAUGGUGUCAGAAGUGGGAUGUCUUGAUGUGAGGUCAUCAGUGGCAUGCCCAGUGUCUGAACCAUAU